AUGUACAAUCAGCCCUUCCCCCCACUUCUACAAGCAUCUGGAACAUCUGUGCCAGUCCUAUAUACCAAGCCUGCUCUCCCCCUGCUUCCACAGGUGUCACCAGUGGAUGAUAGGCUGAGGGCUGCAGCCCAGAUGAUCCAGAGUGUAUUUGUCUUGGACAUCAUCUCAGACCAUGUCAAGACAAAGUUGGUACAAAGAGGACAUGCAGGAAGUCUUGAAGGAAGCAUGAGUGAUGGUGGUGUACAAAAUGGUACACCACAAAGGACUCUUACCAACAUUCACUCUGAUGCUGCUGAGGCAGCUCAGAAAUACACUGAAGAAUUAUUGAAGCUAAAUGAUCCUUCCCUACUUGCUAACCCUGAGAAGUACUGCCAAUGGAAAGAGGGAGAAGUUACACAUGUAACUAUGGCUUUCUUCCUACAUGAGUACAAUGACCAGGGGGCUGUUAUUUUCUGGUUCAGAAAUGCUGUUCUCGAGAGGUUCCACACAACAUUCUGGUACAUGCAUGCCUUAUUGCCCAUCAAACAUCUUGAAGACCACUUCCAAACCACACUGCUAUGGAUGUAUUCAAUUUCAGCAGUCGCACUACUUUGUGCUCUCCAUUGUGAGGUGAAUCACAUGGAAGGGCUCCACCUCCAGCAACCCACAUUCACCAGUAAGGAGUAUGCCCCCCUCUGUGAAGACUACUAUGAGGGCAUGGUUGACAUGCUGAACAAUGCUGCGAUUGGACCCACUUUUCAUAGCCACCUUGAUUGGCUUCACCUCUGCAGUUUGGAAGUGUCAAAGACAGCAAUCCAUAUGCUUGCUUCCCCUUGUAUGCAGUGCACUAAAAUAUUCAUCCCCCCUGCUGAAGACAUCACUGCCUAUGAGGCUGGACCAUCAUUCAUCCCCCAGCCUGGACCUUUGUCAUUUGUCUCCCAGCCUGGACCUUCAUCAUUUGUCCCCCAGCCUGGACCUUCACUCAUCUCCCAGUCUGCUCCUUCAUUUGUCCCUAGACCUGGACCUUCUUCCAAAGCAUCUACAUACCAAGACAGAGCAGCAGAAUACAUGUGGUCAGAGGACCAGCGGUAG